CGUCACCCGGAGCGCCGGAAGCGCAGCUCGCGGCGCCGGAAGCGCAGCCCGCGUGGCCGGAAGCAGCCGGGCGAGGCCGCGCGAUGGCGACGGAGCAGACGGCCGGGAGCGGGGGCGAGGUCGCCGGCGGCCGCCUGGCCCCGGGGCGCCCUCAGCAGUGCCCGGCCGCGGCCCCGAGCCGGCGGCGCUUCUCGUCGCUUUCGCGUGACGCCGAACACCGAGCCCACCAGUGGUGCCGGGAGUACCUGGGCGGGGCCUGGCGCCGGGUGCCGCCCGAGGAGCUGCGGGUGCAGCCCGUGAGCGGAGGACUCAGUAACCUGCUGUUCCGCUGCUCGCUUCCUGACCACCUGCCCAGCGUUGGCGAGGAGCCCCGGGAGGUGCUGCUGCGGGUGUACGGGGCCAUCCUACAGGGUGUGGAUUCCUUGGUUCUGGAGAGUGUGAUGUUCGCCAUCCUCGCAGAGCGGUCGCUGGGGCCCCAGCUCUACGGAGUCUUCCCGGAGGGGCGGCUGGAGCAGUAUAUCCCAAGCCGGCCACUGAAAACGCGAGAGCUUCAAGAGCCAGUGUUGUCAGCCACCAUUGCCACAAAGAUGGCCCAGUUCCAUGGCAUGGAGAUGCCUUUCACCAAGGAGCCCCACUGGCUGUUUGGGACCAUGGAGCGAUACCUAAAGCAGAUCCAGGACCUGCCUCCCACUGGCCUCCCCCAGAUGAACCUGCUGGAGAUGUACAGCCUCAAAGAUGAAAUGGGCCACCUCAGGAAGCUGUUAUCGUCCACCCCGUCCCCCGUGGUCUUCUGCCACAAUGACAUCCAGGAAGGGAACAUCUUGCUGCUCUUGGAGCCAAAAAGUGCCGACAACCUGAUGUUAGUGGACUUUGAGUACAGCAGCUACAACUACAGGGGCUUUGACAUUGGGAACCAUUUCUGUGAGUGGGUUUAUGAUUACACUUACGAGGAGUGGCCUCACUACAGAGCACAGCCUGCAGACUACCCCAGCCGGGAACAGCAGCUCCAUUUUAUUCGCCAUUACCUGGCAGAGGUUAAAAAAGGUGAGAUCCUCUCCCAAGAAGAGCAGAGGAAACUGGAAGAAGAUUUGCUGGUAGAAGUCAAUCGGUAUGCUCUGGCCUCCCAUUUCUUUUGGGGACUCUGGUCCAUCCUCCAGGCAUCCAUGUCCACCAUAGAAUUUGGUUACUUGGAAUACGCCCAGUCUCGCUUCCAGUUCUACUUCAAGCAGAAGGGACAGCUGGCCAGCCACCACCCUUCGCCUUGACUGCAGCCUCCCACCUCCGCAGACUUCUCCAGCAGCCUCUAGGGCAGGACCUUGGAGGGAGGGAGAGAGCAGGAGGCUCUCCCUGGGGACUGGCUGGGCCUGGCCCCACCCCGCCCCACAGCACUGGGGCUAAGGCGCUGACCUCUCCCCGACUUUGCUCGGGUCGGCCCCUGGUGAGCGGGCAGCAGGCGGGCACUUCUGGACUGUUCACCUUCAUGCAAUAAACACGUUUCUCCCACUGUC